AUGAAUUUGGGACAAGCCAGACACUGGGAGAACCAGAGUACAGUGAAUGAGUUCCUCUUGUUGGGGUACCAAGAACAUCCCGCUCUCCUCUUCACUGCCUUCCUAACCACAUAUAUGGCGAUAUUACUAGGCAAUGGUUUGAUUGUGGCGGUGACAACAUGGGAUUCUGCCCUGCGCACCCCAAUGUACUUCUUCCUGCGCAGCCUCUCAGGGCUGGAGAUGUGUUACACCUCAGUCACCCUUCCUAAGAUGAUGGCCAAUCUGGCCUCAGGAGAUCCCUCCAUUUCUCUACCAGCCUGUACCUCGCAGGUGUUCUUCCUGCUUUUCCUGGGUGGGGCUGAGUGCUUCUUGCUGGCAGCCAUGGCCUAUGACCGCUACCUUGCCAUCUGCCUGCCUCUCCACUACAUGACCAUCAUGAGCCAUAGGGUGCAGAUGGGGCUGGUGUCUGGCUCCUUUGCCAUCAGUCUCCCCAUGCAGUUAGUGCAAAUUGGGCUCAUCUUCUCCUUGCCUUUUUGUGGGUCCAACAAGAUCGACCACUUCUUUUGUGAUAUCCCACCGGUACUCAGCCUGGCCUGUGCUGACUUAUAUGCCAACGAGCUGGUUAUUUACACUGAGAGCAUCCUCUUUGUUAUAGCCCCCUUCGUGCUCAUCUUGGCCUCCUACGCACGCAUCACCAGAACCAUAUUGAGGCUGCCAUCAGGCACGGGCCGUCAGAAGGCUUUUUCCACUUGCUCAUCACACCUCACCGUGGUCAGCCUCUUCUAUGGCUCAGCGAUGCUUGUUUAUCUGCGCCCACAAACCAGUGACUCAGUGAAAGUGGACAAAGUGCUGUCCCUGCUCUACACAGUCAUUAUUCCCCUUUGCAAUCCCCUCAUUUACACUCUGAGGAACAAGGAGGUAAAAGCCAGCAUUGGUAGACUGCUGAGCAGGAAACACUCCUUCGAGGUGGGCACAGGAUGA